UACAAUCCGCUGCUGGAGAUUCCCUCUGAAGUGAUCAAGGGCCUGAAGAACCUGGAGAAAUUCUUGUGUUCGGGCUGCAACCUGGGAUUCACCCUCUCGAGCGGGCUCCUGGUGUUCCGCAGCAAGUCGCUGAAGCUGGUGUCGCUCUGGAAGAACGGGAUCGGGAGGAUGGACCCGGGGGCCAUCGCGGGUCUGAAGCCCGACACGACGGUCGACCUGACGUGGAACAACGUGAGUCUCGUGAGCGAAGGGAUUUUCCGUCCCAUGCUGGAGGUCAUGUCCCACGGAGACGGGAAGCUCGUCCUCGAGAAUAACCCCAUUCAGUGCGAUUGCAGUUUGGCAUGGCUCGCGUUCGCCCCUGAAUUGUUGGGGAAGGUGAAGGGCGCGUGCGACUGCGCGAAUGGGACCGACAUCAUCGACUUGGACCUGAUGGAUUCCUUGAAGAAAUGCAGUCGGUGUCCGCACCAGUGCCUAGGGACUCAGUACGAGUCCCUCUGCGUGCCGGGGACGGUGAAUUUCUCGACGGUGGGGGACUGUCGGUCGAAGGAGUUGUGUUGCCGGCUGGAAAUCCCGAAAGCGGCGAAGACGAUCCCGGCGAUGGCAAGCGCAAAACUGCAGUCGCAUUUCGCGGGAUCAGGCGUGUCCCCUCACCCACUCCUGCCUCCACCCGUCGGCCAAGAGCCUGUGCAAGCCGCGAACCGACAUCCCCCGGGGAUGCCCCGGGAACCGCGUCUGCUGCCUCGCCAGGACCGCCUAAAGCCUCCGCCUUCCGCGCCUAAAGCCUCCGCCUUCCGCGCCUGGAAUCCUCCAAGGCGUUUCUCCCGCCGGAAUGCGUUUCUCGUGUGGGAAGAAAAUCCAAAAAUCGAAAAGACUCCUAUUGAUGCACGC